GACCUUCUGCAAUUCCUCACUUUCUUCUUGUUUUCUUGUAUAGACAAGGCUACAAACAAAUUUUCCCACAGCUUUAAUUUCAUUAACCCACAAAUUUAGCAGCUUCUGUUGCAUUAAUCUUUCAUAGAAAAUUAAGGAUACCGGCUUAUUAUCAAAUGGGCACUUAUAAUAUCAUCUUUGGGUUCCUGUUAUCUUUCUCUUUGUCAGUUGCCACAGCAUCUGAUCAUAGUCCACUUCAAGAUUUCUGUGUGGCAGACCCAGAAAGUCGAGUGCUGCUGAAUGGCCUAGCUUGCAAGGACCCCAAGACAGUUAAAGCCAACGAUUUUUCAUUUGGUGGGCUUCACUUAGCAGCCAAUACAUCAAACCCAAUUGGGUCAAGUGUGACACCGGUGACUGUAUCCCAACUUCCAGGACUCAAUACUCUUGGCAUUUCACUAGUCCGCAUCGACUAUGCACCAUCAGGCAUCAACCCUCCCCACACUCAUCCUCGUGCCUCCGAAAUCUUGACCAUCCUUGAAGGCUGCCUUGAAGUUGGGUUCGUAACGUCGAGCCCCGAAAAUCGUCACAUCACCAAGGUGUUGCAGAAGGGCGAUGUGUUUGUUUUCCCAAUCGGACUCGUCCACUACCAGAGAAAUGUAGGAACUGGCAAUGCUGUUGCUAUUGCUGCCCUGAGCAGCCAAAAUCCUGGUGUGGUAAUAAUUUCAAGUGCUGUCUUUGGGUCCAGGCCUAGUAUUGGUAGUGAGAUUCUCGUGAAGGCUUUGCAAGUUGAUCAAGGGGUUGUCAAUUACCUCCAGUCCAUAUUCUAAACAAAGAAGGGGGGAAGUUUUGUAGGAAUAUACGAGUCAUGUAUGACUUUCACUUUAUGUUGAUCUCCAAACAAAGCCCAUGAGAAGUACAAAAAUU